UACUUGUGGAUAAAGCAUAGAGUUAUGCUAGGACUUUGUCUCUUUGCUCUUAACACUAUAAUAUAAUUAGGUAUUCUCUUUGUAUACCGGACAUCAGCUUCUUGGUUUUUUCUCUCUCCCGCGAUCGGUUGAGCAACUCUCAAGAUUCCAUCUGCAUUGUAAGAUAUCUGAUGCACGUAUUAAUAGUCAAAAGGUCUCCAAAGAAGUGGGUUAUAUUUUUGUGGUCACUAGUAGAUUGAUCGAGCUUAAUUGUAGGAUUGUCAGAUGGGUGGAAGUGCGAUAAGUGAUGAUUGGGAAUUCACUACAAAUGGAGCUCGGACACUGGUUCUGGUUGGGCGUACAGGUAAUGGUAAAAGUGCCACAGGGAAUAGCAUUCUUGGAAGAAAGGCAUUCAAGUCAAUGUCUAGCUCGGCUGGUGUUACAAGUACUUGUGAACUACAGAGGACUGUACUAGAAGAUGACCAAAUGCUUGAUGUGAUUGAUACGCCAGGAUUGUUUGAUUUUUCUGCUGAACCUGAAUUUGUCGGAAACGAAAUUGUUAAAUGCAUCAAUAUGGCCAAGGAUGGUAUUCAUGCUGUUCUUGUAGUUUUAUCUGUGCGAACUCGUUUUUCAAGAGAGGAACAAGCAGCAGUCCAGAGUCUGAGGGAGUUCUUUGGGAGCAAAAUCAGUGAUUAUAUGAUUUUGGUUUUCACUGGUGGGGAUGAUCUUGAAGACAAUGAUGAAACCCUGGAUGAUUACUUAGGUCGUGACUGCCCCGACCCUUUAAAGAAUACCCUCACGAUGUGCGGAAAUAGGAAAGUGCUUUUUGAUAACAAGACUAAAGAUCCUUUGAAAAAAGCCGACCAAUUGAAACAACUACUUUUCCUGGUAAAUGUGGUGGUAGAGAAUAAUGGUGGAAAACCAUAUACAGAUGACUUGUUCAAGGAAUUAAAGAAAGGAGCUAUCAAACUUCAUAACCAGGCAAACGAGGUUAAUUCCUUGGUGGGAUAUUCUAAGCAAGAGAUACUAGAGUUGAAGGAACAGAUGCAAAAGUCGUAUGAAGAGCAACUGAAACGAAUAACUGAAGUGGUUGAGUCAAAGCUGAAGGAAACCACCCAUAGGCUUGAAGAGCAAUUGGCCAAAGAGCAGGCAGCUAGGUUGAAGGCGGAACUAAGUGCAAAAGAAGCACAGAAGAAAUCAGAUGACGAGAUUCGCAAGUUGAGAGAAUAUUUGGAGAGAGCUCAAAGGGAGACUGAGGAGCUCCGAGGUCGUUCAGAUCGUGGCAUGUGUAAUAUUCUGUGACAGUUAUAUGUAAUACUUUUGGGAAGAAUCUGCCACUAAAGUGAAUUUACUAUUUGCUUCAACUCUUUUGCACCCUCUUCUAUCGUGUAGAAGAGAAUAGUGAUAUGUCGAUAAUAUAUUCGAUAAAACAUCUUGAUAUAGGCUUUUAUUUUAUUCCAUUUUUUUUCGUUCGGAUUGA